AUGGUGGAAACACGGCUACAGGAAAAACGCUCGCUUGCCGAUAUCGUCGAGGACCUCCGUCUUCGCCAAGAGCAGCACUCCGACGAGCUCAAGGGACACGUCGAAUCACUUGAUGCUCGAUUUUCCAAGCUCGAAUCUUUCCUCUUCACUCAUCUGUCUAACGGAUCUACUCAACCACAACAACACCAGGAGUCGAGCUCGACCCCGUCGGCCAUGUUGUUUUCUCCAAGCUCUAGUCGGCCCCCAGACCCGCCAGAUCGACCCGGUUACGACCAGAUCCGAACCGAGCGAGGACCCCCUGAGGCACCUCGUCCUCCCCUGCUCCCGAGCAGCUUAUCUUCCCGCCUCACGAAGGUUGGGUUCCCUAUGUUCAACGGCUCUAAGCUACGCGAAUGGAUCUACCGGUGUGACCAGUUUUUCGGGUUGGAUAAUACCCCCAUGGAGCAGCGCGUCCCCCUCGCUUCGAUGCAUCUCGAGGACGAAGCCCUGGAAUGGCACCAUAACCUUAUCGCCGAGCGGUACGGGAUCCUACCUUCCUGGUCCGAUUACGUGGUGGAGAUUUCAAGCCGGUUUAGUGGAAUCAUCAACGACCCCUUAUCUGAGCUCGUUUCCCUGAAGCAAGGCAAUGACCCCAUCGAGGUUUAUCUGAAGAAGUUCGAGAGCGCACGUACCCGCGUCACUCUCACCGCCGCUCAUGCUUUGAGCAUAUUUCUUACCAAUAUGCAGCCCCACCUUUCACUGCACGUCCGUCAGUUCACGGUCACCACUAUAGCGGAGGCAGCAAGGAUUGCAAAACUCCACGAGGCUGCCCUUGCUCAGACACCUCAGCGUCUUCUUCGAGCUCCCUUCAAUCCAUUGGUGAACGCUAAACACUCUGGACCUUCUUUCUCUAAAGGCCCGAGCUCUUCCCCGUUGCUUUCUCCACCAGAUGUCUCGCAUCCACCCAAACCGAGCUUUAUCCCUCGCUCCCUUGCGGAUAAAACCCCUCGUAAGUUCACUUACCAGGAGAUGCAAGAUCGGCGUGCUCAGGGGCUCUGUAUGUUUUGCGAUGAAGCCUUCACCCCUGGCCAUCAGCUUAAACACAAGCGCUCCCAGAUUUACGUACUGGAGUGUGACGAUGAUGAUGAUGCAGCCGACGUGGUUCUUUUCCCUGAACCUUAA